AUGUCUCAACACAAACAACAAAUCAAGAAGAGAAAGUACGACAAUAUUGCACAAGAACCACUUGAUGUUAUCGAAGUGGAUACUGAUGAAUUUAUGCUCUAUGAAGACCGCCGUGAAGAAAAAUCCAUUGAGCACCAAGUUUUUGAUUAUAUGACAAAAGUGAACUCUGGCCUCAUUACCCUCAAUAGCAAACUCCUCAGUGUCGACUAUUCGUACAUGUUGAAUCAUUGUGAUAUGGUCGAUGAAUUUGUGGAUAAUAUUCAUCUAUUCUUGGGUCAUUUGGGAGUUUUAAGAAAGAAACUUGCCUCGGAGCGAUUAAAUACAGACACAAUCUCUUACAUUUACCAAUUCCUCGAUUCUAAAAUGAUUCUCUGUACUUGCCAAUACGUGUCCAAGAUUUGGAGAGAGAGUUUGAGCAAGACAUCACUCUAUGGAACCCUCUCAAAGAAGAAGAGCUACCUGAUUAGAAGCAUGAAGAAUUUCAAGUUUGCUAAUCGUAUAACUUCAUUGGAUAUUAACAAACCUUCCCUUGAUUCUAUUAAGGUCUUGUGCAAGACGAAACGUUUGAAAGGUCUUGAGAAUUUAUCUUUGACUGAUUUGGGCGUUCAAAGUAUUUCCCAAUUGUGUUCUACCAAGAGGCUGAAACCUAAAAAGUUAGUUCUCAAUUCAUUCUUUUCAGGAUGUGUGGAGAAAAUGCUCUCCUCGCAAAUGGUUUCGAAUUUGGAGAGUUUGGAAUUGUUAGCAUUAUCUACUACCAAUAAUGAAUGGGACAAUGUCAAGUUAUCUAAACUCGCCAAUCUUGAAGUAACUGGAAGAAACCUAAUUAAUUUCAAUGACAGGAAUAUUGUUUGUAAUUUGAUGGCAAAGUGUCCACUUUUGAAACGUGUGAAAUUGAGCUACAUGACAUUCUUCUCAGUAGAAUUACAAUUACCUGUAUUGGAAAGGCUUGUUUUGGAAGAUUGUGAAGUAACCAAAUCAUUCCUUUCACAAUUAGUUUCAUCAAGGUUUCCUAAUUUAAAGUAUUUGGAACUAAAGUCUAUUACUGUGAAAGAAUCCAAUACCGAUACGAAACUAGACGAACCUAAUCCAAAUUGCCUAAUCAAGGAACUGAAAAUAAUGUCAAAUAUUCAAAACCUAGCACUAAUUACCAAAUAUUGUAAGAAUCUCAAGAGUCUUUCUCUUCAAAGACCCUUAAAUUGGUAUCAUCCUCCAUUCGAUUUCUCAGAAUAUUUUUCAGCCGAAUGUUUAUACUCAUUGGAAACUUUAGAACUAAUUUACUUUUCACUGCUCUUUAAACCUGUUAUGGAUCAAUUAUUUCCAAAUUUAAAGAAGCUGAUCUAUAGAGGUAAUGAAGCUACUGAAGUUGCUUUGAAAUUGCUUGAAAAUUGUACUUCAUUGGUUGACCAACAAUUACAAUCAAAAAAAAUGGCAAGAACACGAAACUCUACACCAAUCAAUUUCUAUCUUGUUAAUUUAAUCGAAUUAGGAGAGGCUUUAAAACAUGCUACACCAAACAGAGUUUCGGGUUAUUGCAAGCAACUCCUCCAAUCCAUUGAAAAUACAAUUGUCUAUACACAGAGUUUUUAUUCAAUGAAGGGAUUUGGUAUUUCGGAAUUUGAUGAUCAUUUGGUUUUAUUUGAUGGUGAUGAUAAUGAUGAUGAAUUGAUAAUAGUGGAAAAUAAUGAUCAAGAGAAUGAGGAGGAUGUUGAAGGAGAGAAUGAUGAAGAGAAUGAAGAAGAUGGAGAGGAAGGAGAGAAGGUGAUCAUGGCACAAUUAUUUGGUGAAAGGAAUGUUCCUAAAUUGGAAAAGGAAUGUUUUGCUGAUUAUCGAAUGUUUUCGAGUUUUGAGAAUGUUUGGACAGUGUUAAACCAAGCUUUCAUUCAUCCAGUUUAUUUAUUCAGAUAUGUGGAAUUGUGUGAAUUUGACACUGAAGUGAAUGAUAGAGUUUUAUUGAAAGUUUUGAGUGAAGAAUACCAACAGUAUUUUAGUAGUGAAACACCUCGAAAGAAAAAGAAGGUCAGCAAUGAUGAUGAUCAUAAUAAGGAGCAAAAUAAUGAGGAUGAUUUUAAUAGGGAGGUAUUGGAAUUUAUCAAGAAGGAAACCUCAAAUCUUGACUGGGAUGAAGAUCUAUUGGGAGCAUAUAGAAAAAUGAUGCAUAAAAUUAAUCCAAUUGAUGAGGAUGAUAGAGUUGGUGAUGGCAAACCUUUAGAUUUUAGUAGACUUCAACAUGAUAAGGACAUGCUGUUUUGCAUUCUUGAAUAUAUUGGAAAUGUCAAGACGAUAUUCAAUUUUGCCAUUUCGAAUCAUUCGUUUUAUGAGAUAUUUCAGAAUGCAAACAAGAAGAAUACUUUAUUGAAGAGGAUUGUCAAAGAUUGGGGUUUAGUUUUCAUAUAA